AUGUCUGGAAAAAGGUCCACUACAACAAGUCUCAGCCUUCGACCUGCAAAUAAAUGUGGUCGAAUGACGUUAAAUCCGGCAUUAAUAACAGAUAUUCAGCAAAUAAUGGUUGACAAGAUUAAAUCAGAUCCUGUUUUGCAACAAUCAAUUGCUGAUAUUGUUAAAUCAAAUAAUAAUAGUGUAGGUGAUUCUGCUGAAAGUAUUGUUGCACUAUUGAACCCGGUGAUAGAGACAAUUAGCGAUAAGUUAAGUGAAAUUGAAUCCAAAAUUGAUGAUCUUGAACGUUAUAACAGAACAUUACGAUUUCAUGGCUUUGAUGAGGAACAACAUGAAAACAUUGUCAAUAAAAUAACAAAUUUUACAAAUACUCAUCUCGGAUUAAAUUUAUCAACAUAUGAAAUCGAAAACUGUCAUCGUGUUGGUCCGCCAAGAAAUGGAUACAGAAGAUCGAUCAUUAACUCAAAAAUAUUUGUUGUCGAAGAUUUAACUAAACGUACGUUAGCUUUAUUUCACGCUGCACGUAACUCGGUUAGUGAUGCUGAAAAAAAAUCAAUUGUGACAAGAAACGGUCAUGUCUAUCAAAAACAAUCUGACAAAUCCUUGCGGAAAAUAACUAUGGCUGAUAUUGCACCUAAACAAAACAAAACAAUCCAUCAAAUAAUUCCAACUUCAGAUGAAUUUAUCUCAACAUCUCAGCAAGAUAUUUCGGUUCUAAAUAAUACUAAAUAA